UUAAUAAACCCCUUCCACCUGUUGCUCCCCCACGAAGCCAUCAAGCACAACCUCAACAUGGCUCUCUCUCCUCCUUCUCUCCUCCUCUUCUCUCUCCUCUCUCUGCUGUUGCUCCAAUCCUCCGCGGUCAUCCCCCGGAUGCUCUUCCUGGUGCCGCAGCAGCCCCUCGUGCUCACCUACCACAAGGGCGCCCUGCUCAAGGGCAACUACACCGUCAACCUCCUCUUCUACGGCAGCUUCACCCCCGUACAGCGCGCCGUCGUCGUCGACUUCGUCCGCUCCCUCUCCGCCCCCGCCACCUCCGUCGAGUCCUGGUGGGGAACCACCGGCCUGUACGGCCCCGGUGGCCCCACCCGGCUGUCACUCGGCCGCGUGCUCCUGGACCAGGGCUGCUCCCUCGGCAAGUCCCUCACCGACUCCGACCUCCUCGCGCUGGCCUCCCGCCCGCCCCACCGUGGCGCCAUCACCGCCGUGCUCACCGCCCCGGACGUUCUCGUCGACGGCUUCUGCAUGAGCCGGUGCGGCUUCCACGACGCCGGCCGCGCUGGGCGGCGCGGCAAGGUCCGGUACGCGUACCUGUGGGUGGGCAACCCGGCGACGCAGUGCCCGGGGAAUUGCGCGUGGCCCUUCGCCCAGCCCACCUACGGCCCGCAGACGCCGCCGCUGGUGCCGCCCAACGGCGACGUCGGCAUCGACGGCCUCGUCAUCAACCUGGCGACGCUGCUGGCGGGCACGGUCACCAAUCCCUACGGCGACGGCUACUUCCAGGGUCCGCCCACGCUGCCGAUGGAGGCGGCGACGGCCUGCACCGGGAUCUUCGGCGGUGGCGCGUUCCCGGGCUUCCCUGGGAACCUGCUCGUGGACCCCGCUUCGGGGGCCAGCUACAACGCGAAGGGAUUGGCUGGGAGAAAGUACCUGCUUCCCGCCAUGUGGGACCCCAGGACGAGGCAGUGUAAGCUCAGCGCGUAAAGGUUAAACCAAAGAGCUAAAAUUAUGUCCCAAAAUAAUAAUAAUAUUAUUAUUAUUAUUAUCAGUCUGUAUUUUUACUUUGGAUUUUUAGUGACGGUGUUAUCAUCUCUGUUUUGGGUUCAAAUUACAUAAAUGUAUCUGUUGGCUAAUGUU